AUGUCCUUGUCUAAAUAAGUAGGUUACAUCAUUUUAACAAAAUAAAAAUCGCAAUAUUUUGACAUUAGUAGUUUGUGAUUAAUAUUUUAGGUUACAUUCUUAUUUACCAACAAAAACUUAAGAAAAUGACUGAAUUGGCAACAAUAGCUACAAUAAAAUGCAAACAACAAGCAAUACGCGCUGUGAGAUUCAACGUAGAUGGCACUUAUUGCCUCAGUUGCGGUGCUGAUAAGAAAAUAAAAUUAUGGAACCCACACCGUCAACUUUUGUUAAAAACUUACGGUGGUCACGCUAACGAAGUGCUAGACGCAGCUGGAUCCUGCGAUAGUAGUCAAAUAGUAUCCUGUAGCACGGAUAAGUCGGUAAUUCUAUGGGACGUAACUACAGGACAGCCUAUUCGCAGGUAUAGAGGCCACGCAAGUUCUGUCACAUGUAUAAAGUUUAACGAAGACUCUACAAUGGCUGUUUCUGGAUCUGUUGACAACACUGUGUCUUUUUGGGACAUUAUAAGUAGGAGACAAGAGCCUGUUCAAGUUUUAAAGGAUGCUAAAGACACCAUUACGUCUAUACAAGUGACUGAUCAUGAGGUUUUAACAUCAUCCGUUGAUUGUCACAUAAGAUUGUACGAUAUAAGAGUGGGAAAGAUGAUUUCAGACUACAUUGGUCACAUUGUUACAUUUGCAAGUUUAACCCAUGACGGGCAAUGUUAUGUGUUAAAUUGUAAUGAUGAUACUAUUCGAUUAUUUGAUAAAGAUUCCGGCGAACUUCUAAACAGUUAUACAGGGCACAAGAGUAAAGACUACUUGUUAGAAAAUGCAAUUAACGCCAAAGACAGCCAUAUUAUUUCAGGCUCAGCCACUGGUGAAAUUUUCUUCUGGGACUUAAUAUCCAGUACUUGUACACAGAAAUUAGUACAUACAAUGAAUAAAGCUGUUGUAUCAUUGAGUUACCAUCCUACGGAUGACUUUUUGUUGACAGCUUGUGAAGAUGAAAUUAAGUUGUGGGGGUUGUGUGUUCAGACAGACAUAAUUGAUGAAUAGUUCUAUUUUUAGUAAAUAAGGAAGAUACGUAAAAGUUGGAGCAAACUUUAUACAAAUAUGCUGACAAUCCAGGUUAUUAUUUCAAUGUUAUAAAGCUUACUAGACCACAUAGGUUCCCUCAAA